AAUAUCGACGCGCGAAAAGUCAACAGAAGAGGGAAGGAAGGGAAGCGCGCCCCCAAAAAAAUUCCCGCGUUCCGUAGGUAGCGAGCUCCGCCCCGGAUCUGGCCGUCGAGCGAUGGCCUCGACGAGGGAUCUCGCCAUAGCGUCCAUCUCGGUCGCCGCAGGCGCCGUAGCCGCCGCGGCCGCGCUCCUGUACUCCUACUCGGCAACCAAUUCCAAGCCCCAGAGCCCGCCCCCGCCCCCGCCGUGCACCGAGCCACUCCCCGUCAACGGCUGCGCCGCCAGGCAUCCGCCAGCGCAGGACCCCUUCAAAACCACCAAGAGGGAAGGGUUCAUCUCAUGGGACGACUACUUCAUGGCGAUUGCGUUCCUUUCAGCCGAGCGUUCAAAGGAUCCUAACCGGCAGGUUGGCGCAUGCUUGGUUAGCCAAGAGGGCAUUAUCCUAGGUAUAGGUUACAAUGGAUUCCCAAGAGGCUGUUCAGAUGAUAAGCUUCCUUGGGCAAAGAAAUCUGCAAGAGGGGAUCCAUUGGAGACAAAAUAUCCUUAUGUUGUUCAUGCUGAAGUUAAUGCUAUUUUAAAUACAAACCAUGCUUCAGCGGCUGGACAGAAGUUAUACGUCACUAUGUUCCCCUGUAAUGAGUGUGCUAAGAUUAUCAUCCAGUCAGGUGUAUCUGAAGUCCUCUAUUUUGUAGAGAAAAGGAUUGACAACUCAGAUCAUGUUUAUGUUGCUUCUCACAACUUAUUAUCAAUGGCUGGUGUGAAGGUCAGGAAGCAUCAGCCACAAAUGGCACAAAUACCAAUCAACUUUCAGGAUCCAAGGGUCUAAUGAAUGAACUGUGCGCCCUUAGGUAAUGCAAAUGUGCACCAAUGCCUUAGCAAUUAUGUCAGUCAUUCAAAGGCUGUCAUGCUGGGUUAUAUACUCCCCCGGGGGGCCUAGCUGUUGUAUAUUGUAAUCAGUCGAAUUACUAGAUCGAGAAAAGCACCUGUAACUAGUUGCAUCCUGUUGCGAAAUUUGUAUGUGCUCAGCAUCAUGAACCAUUCUUCUGUAAACUGUGGCUGCACCAUGAUUUAACUCUCGCUACGGUCGA